AUGAAGCUUGACAUUUUCUCAUUACAAAUUGUAUCAAAGUAUUUGAUUGAAGAAAAUGAUUUCAUCAACAUCUUGUUGACAUCGACGAAGUGUAGGUAUAUUCUUGAUCGCUUUAGAAUAAAUCCAAUUCCAAUUACUGAUAGUUCAAAACGUCUAUUUCAAUGUAUUCAAACACAACUAAUCUUCAAAGAGUCUGAUUUGGUACUUGACAUAGUCAAACGUAAAAUCAUUUUAUAUAAAGUCAACUACACAAAAUUUAAACAAUCUAAGAGUCCAUUGAACGAAUUUAAAAAUAUUGCUUUAACAAAAGAAGACUUGGAAAAAGAGUUUACAAUAAUACCCAAAGAAGUUAACAUUCUUGAACCAAUUUCUAAGUUCACCAAUUUAACUACAAUUACUCUUUCAAGCUCAAUAAAAAGAAUUGAAAGGGAAACAUUUUCAUCAUGUCAAUUGACUGAGGUUAUGAUUCCUAAUUCUGUUACUUAUCUUGGGAAAGCAUCUUUCAAGAAUUGUACAUUUCUCAAAAAAGUGGUUCUGUCGUUGUUUAUUCACACUUUGAAAUCAGAGACAUUCUCUGGUUGUCAGAAUUUAAGUGAAAUCAAUUUAACAGACUCUAUUACAACAAUUCAAAAAAGUUGUUUCAGAAAUUGUUUUCUACAAGAAGUUGUUCUCUCUGAUUCUUUGGUCAGUGUUGGUGAUGGCGCAUUUUCAUUUUGUAAAGUUAAGACUGUAAUUUGCGCGCGAAAGGAAAUACCACACAACUGUUUUUCUCAAUGUCAAAAAUUGAAAGUCCUUGAACUUGGUACAGAGGUUGAAUUUAUAGGAGAAAACUGCUUUGAAAAUUGUUCUAAAUUGAAACACUUUGAAUGCCCACAGACUUUAAAAUAUAUUGGACAAAAAGCAUUUAUAAGAUGUUCAAAAUUGAAAGAAGUUGAAUUGUCAGAGAAUGUUAUAUAUAUUGGACAGAAGGCCUUUUCAAAGUGUAUUAAAUUGGAAAAAUUGGUUAUUCACAAUCAAAGAUGUUAUAUCGGAGAUAACUUUAUCAACCAGUGUACAAAUUUGAAUCAAUUGGAAUGUCCUCAGUAUUGUGGAUUACUUAUGAAUAACAUGAAUUUGAGUCAAAUGCAAAUAUUAGAUCGGUUAGGAGUAAAAUAUGGGGAUUUCUGUGCUAAUAAAAAACAGACCUGUUUUGAUGGUUUUGCAGACUAUGUUCAAAAUACAAUAUUGAAAGCACCUCCAUUUUCCAAAAGAGAAGAGGUCACUUCUCUGUAUAUCCCAGAAACUAUUCAUCAUUUGGAAUCGUUUAUGUUCUUCUAUUUUAUUAAACUAAAAGAAGUCACAUUACCAAGAGGAGUGGUUGUUCACAAUUUUAUGUUUUCUGAAUGUUCUCAAUUGACACAGAUCAAUUUACCAGAAGAUUUGAAAGCGAUUCCAUCAUACCUCAUAUUCAAUUGUAAUAAAAUAAGGGAAUUGAAGAUUCCAGAAAGUGUUACAAAAAUUGAAGGGAGUGCUUUUAAAAAUUGUGGACUCCGUGGACUAACAAUUCCAAAGAAUGUCCAAUCUAUAGGGAAGUUAUGUAUUUCUAAAUGUAAGUGCUUUUCAUCACUAAAGUUUUUGAAUAACAGAACAUCAUUUGAAAAACUGUUUGACAACAAAAUUGCACAUCAACUUAAAAACAACAACAUUCAGUUUAAACACUUACAUGUAAAUAUUAAAGAUGGGAACCUAAACAACAUCAAGACAGAUAAUAGCGGGUGUUUGUAUACAAUCAAAAUAAAGAACAGUGAACAGAAAAUACUAGAAAUACCACAUAAAGUGAUAGAAAUUGAAUCAAUAACAAGUGAAUAUAUUACUCAAAUCGUAAUUUUGAGUGGAGUUACUAAACUCUAUCCAAGGUGUUUUAAUGGAGUUAAAUAUCUUCAUAACCUUCAAAUGAAAUGUGUUUUAAUGAAAAAGGCUCAACACAUUUUUGAUGAGUGUUGUUUUUUAGAUACACUUGAUAUUGGGAAAAAUAAGGAAGAGAUGUUUGAAGUGAAUUAUCCAUGUGCACUUCGAAUGAAAAAAAUUGGAUAUUGUAAUAUGAAAUGUACAUUUGAAGAAAAAUCACUCAAAGACACCCAAAUGUUACUAAUGGGCACUUCAAGUAUUAAAAUAAAAAAGGAUUUGCACUCAAACGUUUCACUUCUUUCUUUGCCAUCUUCGAUUUCCAAAAUUGAACGAAUGAGAAGUAAUGACGACACUUUGAAACUCCCUCUCCGAAUCAAGAAACUUGGUGAUAGAGCAUUUUAUCAAAACAACUGUGUUUAUCUUGAAGGACACAAUUUGAGUUCUAUAGGUACGUUAUCUUGUUUUUCGUGUAAAUAUUUAAAAAGUGUAUUAUUGUCAUCUUCAUUGAAACAUUUGAAACAAAAUGCGUUUGAAAAGUGUUUUUCACUUGAAUCUAUUGUUAUACCACAGUCCAUUGAAGAAAUAGGAACAUCUUGUUUUCAAGAAUGUAUCAGUUUAAAAGAUAUAACAUAUUUAGGGGAAAAGGGUGUUUGGGGAGAUAGAUGUUUCUCAAAGUGUUAUUCUUUACGUUGGGCAGUAUUACCAACGAUUCACGGAGAGGAAUUUUUCAUUGGGUGCAAUAGUUUGGAAACAGUCAGAGUGACGAAUGGAACAAAAGAAAUGAACAACCAUGUUUUUGAAAAUUGUUAUUCACUUUCAAAAAUAGAUAUUCCACCAACUGUUGAACAUCUUGGGAAUAAAGUCUUUAGUAAUUGUGUUUCUUUAAAAGAAAUUGAAUUGCCGAAAUCAGUUAAUUCCGUUGGGUAUAAAACGUUUCUCAAUUGUCAACAUUUAGAAAGAUGUGUAUUUGCCAAUAAAAACGUUUUUUUGUCUGAAAAUGUGUUUGACAAUUGCCCUUUACUUUCUUCAAUCUUUUUAUCCAACUCUCUUCUAUCGAAUUUUAAAACUUUAUUAUCUUAUGACCAGAUGAAAACAUUGAAUAAAUGUGGAAUUGAAUGUCAAAAAGUUGUUUUGACUCAACAUGAUGUUGUAAAAUACCAACUUAAACAAAUCAAUGACUUACCACAAAUACAAAAACUCGACGACUGUUGCUUCAAAAACAACGAAAUGAGUUCCUUUGUAAUCCCCACAACUGUCACUUCAAUUGGAGAAUUUUGUUUCAAAAACUGUCGAAAGUUGAGUUCCAUUUCAAUACCAAAAAGUGUUUCAUAUAUUUCUUCUCAUUGUUUUGAUGGGUGUACAUCUCUCUCUAUUAUAGAUUUCCAUCCCAGCCUCAAAUUCAGUUCUUCCUGUUUCAAAGGAUGUAAUUUACUUAAAACUCUCUUGCCUCAAUGUGUUCUUGAAACUCCAAGAACACUUGAAAGAAGUCCAUCAUUUGCUUGA